AGUUAUUUAGCGAAAAAUAUAACUUGCAAGUUAACGAUGUUUGUAAGUUUGUGAUGACUCAACGCGAACCACUUUUCUUCACUAUUAUUAUUAAACGAGCCACAAAUGGACCAAAUCCUGAGAAGUUCUUAGGUUAUAAAGAAGGGAUCUCUUGUGAUAAUAAUGUUGUAAAGAGGAAAGACACCGGAGGAAGUUCUAGUAGCUGUUCAAAAGUACAUUUUUUUUAUGGAGAUCGUGAUGUGAUGAAAUCUAACACAUUCAAGGUUUUGGUAAAUGGCAAAAUCCCGUUUGUACCAAAGGAGUUUAUGAAAAAAGGAUGUCGUCAACAUGAUGUGGUGUUGAAAAUGGGGGGAAAGUCGUGGUUGGUAAAAGUAAAAUCUUGCAAGUUCGAUAAAGGUUGGAGUCAAUUUGUGAAAGAAUGCAAAAUAGAGAUUGGAGAUACUUGUCUCUUUGAGUUGAUUGAUGACAAAAAAUUUGUGUUUCAAGUUUCAAUCGCUGGAAAAAAUCAUUGAGCUGUUUCGACGGGUUAAACUAAGGGUUAAAAGAAGUUGGAGGUCCACGACUUAAGUCCUACAAGAUUUGACAUAACAAUUAA